UUCGUCCCCAACCACAGUCAUGUCGUGUGACAUUCUUCUUCGUCGCGUCUUCUUGCCGCUGUCACUUCCGUUUAACCGUCUCUUCCCACCACCAUGUCAUCCCGCCCGAGCUCGGAGAGUCCAUCGCACACCGUGGCACCCUCGAACGAGCUGCACGGCUCCUCUGAGGAGAAGAACCCCGGUGCGACUGGAGCAUCCGAGGAUACUACAGAGAAGGCGGGAGAGGCGGAGGUCCACUAUGUGCACGGCGUCGAGUUGGCCUUGAUCACGCUCGCGUUGAUGCUUGCUGUCCUCCUAGUGGCACUGGACAACACCAUCAUUGCAACUGCCAUUCCCAAGAUUACGGACCAAUUUGACUCUUUGGCUGAUGUCGGGUGGUACGGAAGCGCCUAUCUUGUCGCUACAGCAGCAACGCAGCUCCAGUUCGGCAAGUUCUACUCGAUCCUGCCUAUAAAAUGGGUGUUCAUCUCUGCCAUCGCUGUCUUCGAGAUCGGGAGCGCCGUGUGUGGAUCCGCCCCCUCAUCAGGUGCAUUGAUCGGUGGGCGGGCGAUUGCUGGGCUGGGUUCGUCAGGCAUCUUCAGUGGCGCAUUCAUCAUAGUGGCACACAUCGUUCCAUUAGCAAAACGACCGAUCUUCAACGGACUCUUCGGUGCCAUCUAUGGUGUUUCCAGCGUUGUCGGACCGCUUCUAGGCGGUGCGUUCACCGAUAAGGUCUCGUGGAGAUGGUGUUUCUACAUCAAUCUCCCCAUCGGCGGCGUGUGUCUCCUCUUUCUCGUGUUCUUUUUCCGCAUGCCGGAGAGCAUCCAGGCGCGAUCCGCGGCGAACGCAUCAGAGGUGAGCGCAUGGGAGCGCUUCAAGCAGUUCGAUCCGCUGGGCAUUGUCACAUUCAUGCCCGCGAUCGUGUGCCUGCUGCUUGCUCUGCAGUGGGGCGGCUCGAAAUACGCAUGGAGCGACGGGCGCAUCAUCGCGCUGUUCGUCGUGUUCGGUGUGCUUAUUUUCGCGUUCGUGGGGAUCCAGAUCUGGGGACAGGACGGCGCGACCGUGCCACCGCGCAUCAUCCGGCAGCGCACCGUCUCGUGCUCGGCAUUCUUUGCGUUCUGCCAGGGCAGCUCGUUCUUCCUGUUUGUGUACUACCUCGCUAUCUGGUUUCAAGCGAUCAAAGGGACCACUGCCAUCAAAUCCGGCAUCGACACGAUCCCGCUCGUGUUUGGGACGGUCAUCGGCAAUGUUUUGUGCGGAUUCGGCACGAGCAUGACCGGGUAUUUCGCCCCGUUCAUGUUCGUCUGCACGAUCCUUAUGUCCGUCGGCGCGGGGCUCAUGACGACGUUCACGACGACGACCGGGCACGCGCACUGGCUAGGGUACCAGGUCAUCCUGGGGCUCGGCGUGGGCUUCGGCAUGCAGCAGGGCAUCACCGCGGUGCAGGCCAUCCUCCCCGCGAAGGACGUCUCCGUCGGCACCGCGAUCGUCAUCUUUACGCAGAACCUCGGCGGCGCGCUCUUCGUCUCCGUCGGGCAGAAUCUGUUCCAGAACAAACUGCUCGCCGGCAUCGCGCGGAACGUCCCGCAGGUCGACCCCCUCAGCGUCCUGAGCGCUGGUGCGACGAGCCUGAAGAGCGUCGUCCCCGCGCAGUACUUCGGGGCUGUGAUUGUCGAGUACAACGCCGCGCUGAUGGCGGCGUUCCAGGUCGGUCUGAUCAUGGCUGCGCUGUCGCUGUUGGGCGCGGCUGGAGUCGAGUGGGUCAGCAUCAAGAAGAGUCCGGCUGAGAGAUCCGAGUCCGCUUAGUUCUAUGAGCUGUGGUAUUCCAGUACCAUCCACUUCAUACGCUUCACUGGGCUGACAUGGCUCUUCGUCCGCUAGGUAUAUAGACCAUUUAUAAUAGAGAUACAUGCGAUGAAAAAAAAAUGACGGAUUUAAGCAUGAA